ACCUUGCAACAACAACAAACUUGACAAUAAAUCCAAACCUGACAACUCCAAACUUGACAACAACUCCAAACUUGACAGCAUAUUCCAAACAUGACAACUCUAAAGCUGACGACAAACAAAUGUGACCAUAGACUACCCUUGAAUCGAGUCAACACUGAUAAACCACAACGCGCGAAUAUUCACACUAAACCAGACGCUUCCCAUUGUGUGUAAUUUCCUCAAUCACUCCUGCACUGAAUAAUUAAAUCCACCGACAACUGAAAUAGACACAACAAACAGUUUUCAAGAUGACAAGACGCGUAAACGAGGAUGCUACUGAGCUGUCGUCCAUAUUCCAGAAGAUGCUGCUUUUGGGUGGUUGUUUCAAGAUGGAAAAAACCAAGAUGUUCACCGUUUACACAAACCUGUUGCAUAUGAACUUCGCCUUCGUACUCUUCUGUUUCAGUAUGGGUCUACCAACCAACAAAACGGAGAUAGACGACUUUGCUUUCAAUUUAGGAUCUUGUCUGGCCUUGGGUACCAUCGUUCUCAAAAUUGUCAUUACCAGAUGCAAGAAGUAUCAGAGUCUCAUAAGAGAUAUCUUCGAAUACGAGGAGUACAUGACCAACCUGGCACCAAAAUCAUUGAAGAAGAAAUAUUAUAGUUCAGCCAAUAGACAAACGCCAAUUCUGAGAUACUACGCUCUAACCUUCGUCUUCAACAUAGUUGCAGCGAUUUUCAUAGCUGGUUUCUUCAUUCUCAGGUACAGGCCGGACAGCGAUCACAGCAGGCCUAUCAUGAUCAAGAUCUGGUUGCCCCUGGAUCCAGAGAAACACUACAUAGCUGCGAAUUUCUUGUGUGGCUUGAUGGUUAUCGUUGCCGGUGGUCUCAACAUCACAUCGGACUUCACGAUCCUCUACCCAGUCCUCAAUCUGAUAUUCAGGAUCAAACUGCUCAAGCAUGUCCUCCAACAUCCAGAGAAAUUUCGCGGAGAAUAUGAUGACUUUCGAGUGAUGUUGCAGUGCGUCUUGGAACAUGAAAAUACCAUUCACCGGCUGUUACAUCUAUAUUUCAUCUUUUUACUGUUGUGCUUCUUCUUGGGACUCUUGUCCUACAACAAAGAGAUCCAAUAUUUCGCCUUCGAUCUAGGUAGUUGUCUAUGCAUGUGCACUACCAUCCUGAAGAUUGGUAUCACGAAAAGUUGUAAAUAUCAGAAUUUGGUUAAGGAGAUAUUCGAAUACGAGGACUAUAUGGUCAAAAAUGCACCAGACCCUUUGCAGAAGGAAUAUCGAAGGUCAGCCAAGAAACAGACGCCAAUCUUGAAAAAUUACGCUCUAACGUUGCUAUUCAACAUUGUGGCCUCAUAUAUAAUGGCCGCUUUCUUCAUUUUGAGGUACCAGUAUCUCUACCACCCUUCGAAACCCAAGUUUACCUCUUCCAACUUGCUCAUAUACAGGUACAAAUCAAACAGUGAACAAACCAGACCGAUCAUGAUCAAAGUUUGGAUUCCACUCGAUGCUGAGGAGCAUUAUGUGGUCGCCAACCUAUUUUACGCCCUUAUGGUGACAGUAGUAGGGGGCGUGAAUGUCACUGUCGACUUCAUGAUAAUCUAUCCAAUGGUACACCUCAUAUUCAGAAUCAGAAUGCUAAAAUUCGUUCUCAGGAAUCCGAACAAAUUUUUGACUGGACGUCCAAACUAUGGAUUUUACGAUUUGAUGGUUGAAUGUAUAUUGGAUCACCAGAAUAUAAUUGAGAAACAUAAAAAUUUGAACAACAUGAUGACCUAUUUCUUCUUUUGCGAUUUUCUGCUGCGAGCUCUGCAGAUUGCUGGUUUCAUUUUCAUCAUCAUCAGGAACAUUGUUAGUUUGAAUAAUUUAUUAUAUUUCGGCUGCGUUGCCUUUCUUCUUUUCCAGUUGUUCAUUCUGUAUUGGUAUGGACAAAUUCUCAUUGAUGAGAGCCAAUCUAUCUCGAAUGCUAUCUACAUGAGCAACUGGUACUGUGAAAAUGUCAAGAGUCAACGUCUGAUCCUCAUGAUCAUGCUCAGGUCACAAAGACCCUUGGGUUUGAAAAUUGGACCUAUUGGUGUUGUCCAUCUGGGAAUAUGUCUCAAGAUUCUCAAAACAAUUUAUACGAUAAUAACUAUGUAUUCAGAAGUAUAAAGGAGUGAACGUACAAGAAAGAAGCAGAAAGCAGAAAUGAUCUUUUACACCCAGUGAAAUAUCUUGACACACUGUAGAUUUGAGUAUUUGUUGUGAAUUCUAUGUGUUCCUCACAAUUCAAAACACCACAUCAACACAAAAUUGUGUUUUAUUCGAAAAACUUUCGUUCUUUUAUUUUCUUGUAGGUGAUCAUAAGAAUUGAGCCUUUCC